CCUUUCUUUCGUCAUAUGUCUCAGAGGCCCAACGUUCCUCACUUCGCAUCCAUAGCCUUCGGCCUCCAUUCUCAUCUCCUGGUUUCCAGUGAGAUGAAUUCCACCUCCAAUUGGUCUUCUUGAAUCAGAGAUCUUUUGAUUCCGUUUGAAUUCUUUUGAUUUUUUUUUUGUUUGGAAUUCAGAUCUCGAUUUUUCGUUUUGAUUUCCGAGAUGGGUGUCAAGGGAUUCGUCGAGGGAGGAGUUGCUUCCAUUAUCGCCGGCUGUUCGACCCACCCGCUGGAUCUCAUCAAGGUCCGAAUGCAGCUCCAGGGCGAGCCCGCCCCGGUUGUCCAGACCCUUCGCCCGGCGCUCGCUUUUCACUCCACCGCCGCCCAUGCGGCCCAUAUUCAUAUCCCCACGCCGCCGCGCGUCGGACCCGUUGCGGUGGGUGUGAGGAUUGUCCAGCAGGAGGGCGUGGUCGCUCUGUUUUCCGGCGUCUCUGCCACCGUCCUCCGGCAGACGCUGUAUUCCACCACCCGGAUGGGGCUGUACGACAUCUUGAAGCAGAAGUGGAGCGAGCCGGAGACGAAUGCGAUUCCGCUGCCGAAGAAGAUCGCGGCGGGGCUGAUUGCCGGCGGAAUCGGAGCCGCCGUGGGGAACCCGGCGGACGUGGCGAUGGUGCGGAUGCAGGCGGACGGCCGCCUCCCGGCCGCUCAGAGGCGGAACUACAAGAGCAUGGUGGACGCCACUUCGCAGAUGGCCAAGAAAGAGGGCGUCACGAGCCUGUGGCGCGGGUCCUCCCUCACCGUGAACCGCGCCAUGCUCGUCACGGCCUCCCAGCUGGCCUCCUACGACCAGUUCAAGGAGACGAUCAUAGAGAAAGGAAUCAUGAAGGACGGGCUCGGGACCCACGUCACGGCGAGCUUCGCCGCAGGGUUUGUGGCGGCGCUGGCGUCGAACCCGGUGGACGUGCUGAAGACGCGGAUGAUGAACAUGAAGGUGGAGGCGGGGAAGGCGGCGCCGUACGCCGGAGCGGUUGACUGCGCUCUGAAGACCAUCAGAGCAGAGGGUCCCAUGGCUCUUUACAAGGGAUUCAUUCCCACCAUUUCAAGGCAGGGCCCAUUCACUGUGGUGCUCUUCGUCACACUGGAACAGGUCCGAAAACUACUCAAGGAUUUCUGAUUAAUUAAUCUGAUGACGACGAAGAAGAAACACUUAACUACACUGUCUAACAAAGAUUAUCAAUUACCCCGGAGUACGAUUAUGAAUUGUGACCAAAAUUAAGAACAUGAGAUGAUUAGUAUGUAUUCCUCCAUAUUAAAGUGCUAUUUGGCCAAUUACUAUAUUCAAUCAAAGAGCUUUUUGUUUGUAAACAAAUUCUUGUAUGAAUCUUUGUGCACUAAAGUCAAACCAUUUUU